GAUCAGUAAUCAAUAGCAACUGUAGCAAAGCAGCACCAAAAUGUUCAAGAGCGCGCUAAUCAUUUCCCUGUUCCUGGUGGCCGUCAUCCGAGCUGCAGAUGAAUCCCAAGCCGAGAUCACCAAGUACCAUAACGAUCUGCAGCAGGACGGCUCCUACAGCUGGGACUUUGGAACCUCCAAUGGAAUCGACGCCCAGGAAAGUGGAGUUGGUGGUGUUCAGGCCGCAGGAUCGGUGAAAUAUUCGGCUCCCGACGGAACGCCAAUCCAGUUGGAAUACACCGCCGAUGAAAACGGAUAUCGCCCAUCUGGUGCCCAUCUGCCCACUCCCCCACCCAUUCCAGACUACAUCCUUAGGGCUCUGGCUUACAUCGAGGCUCAUCCUUUCCAGAGGAUCCAGCUGAAGAAGUAAUCUUUACAAAUAAGAACUAGAUUUAAGAUAGCCAAAUUUUGUAUACAAAAUAAACUAUGUUUAAGUAAUGAAAUAACAUGAAAAAUGUAUGUUUAACUUACAAUUGGGAUAACACUUACAGGACAAUUUUAAGUAUUUAGUUAAGCUGAGAAUACUGUUGAAUAUUUCAAAAAAGUUUAAGGAUGUAGAAAAAUUCACCUUAGUGUAUCUUACUUAAAAGGUUUAGGAUUGUAAAUAUUUUUAAAAGCGUCAAAAGAAACACUUAUUUAAAAGUUAAUGGGAAUCAAUCCUUA